UAUAUAAACACAACAAGGUCUAACUUUGUUUAUUGGAAAAGUUAUGAUGGAUUUUGAGUAUGAGAAGAUGUCAUUGGGCAAAAUUCUUUCAAGGAGAUCCUCUCUGGGGUGCUCCUCUCGUAACUCUUACUAUAGGAGUGGGGAAGGGGUUCCAUUCAAAUGGGAAAUGCAACCAGGGGUUGCAAAGGAACGACCAAAAGAUGAUCUUCCUCCGCUGAGUCCCCCACCAGCACUUCUCAGCCUGGGGCUACCCAAACCAUGCGUUCCAGACUCCAAAUCUUCAUCACCGUCAAGGCUAAGGUUUUGGAAGAAAAGGGUUAAGAAGCAUGGAAAAAGCAAAAUGUCAUCCCAAGAUUGUUUCCACGAAGAAGAUGUUAUCGGUUUGGACAUGUUUGCAAGAUUCGAUUGCAGCUCCGAUUCUGAGUCUGUGGCAUCCUCGCGUGGCUCGAGUUUCUCUUCUUGGUCGUCUGUGUCAUUCGUGAAGAGUCCUACUACGACUAAUAUGAAAGAAGUGUAUGGAAAGCCUUUGACCUUUGGUUGCUUCCCCAUGCAUGUUAGCAGAGUUUUCGUUUCUGUUGCAAGGCGUGAUUGAAAUGUGUAACACUGUGUAUAUGGAGUUAGUUCUUCUAAUUCUGUUUACUUUAGCAUGGUAUAUUCUCUCGCACACACUCACAAUUUUUCAUUUUGUAAAAAGUUCCUCAUCUAAGAAUAAUUUUAUCUGAUCA